AAAUAUUCAUCAUAAAGUAUCGAAAUCUACUAUUAUGUAAUGGUAUUUACGUGGGACGCUGACGCCCCCUCUUCGUUAAAAGUAGUUUUCGUUGUUGGAUUUACCGCUGGAACUGCAACUUUACUAGUUUCCUGCUGGUGUAUUAUUACCAUUCUGUCAUCUAAGAAGCUUAGAAAACCUUUAUGGCUAUUCAGAGCUUCGUUAUGCAUGAAGGAUAUACUUUUAUGCAUCAUCGUUUUGUUGCCAAAUUUUUCAAGCUCACAAGUGGAGAUUUAUAAAGAGCAUAACCAUGCUCAACCCUACCUCUCUGCUGCCUUGAUAGCUUCCAUUUCUUCAUCUUUCUUCACAAUUCUAUGCGCAUCGAUUGACCGAUAUCACGCCUCAACUCGCCCAUUCAGAUAUCAUAUUGGAGACAUGAUGCCAACGUCUGUUGCCGUUAUAUUAAUUUUCAACUCUUGGAUGAUCAGCGUUAUCAUUUCUGUAUGCGUGGUAUCGGAUUAUUCAAAAUCAAUAAGGGAGUCGUACGGAAUUUUAUUGGAAUUUGUAUCAUUGGAAAUAUGGCAAAAAGCGAUUUUAAUAACUGGGCUGACGUUCGUGUUUUUCGUCUCAACCUACCUUCUCGGACUCUCUCUCGCCCACAUGAUUCGACAGAAACAAGAAAGUAGGCUGCGCAUAGAGAGUGGAGAAGAAGAGCCGAUUCGAAGCAGAAGAAAUUCUGCGAUCGAAGAAGCUUACUGUGAUAAACCAAGUACGUCUGGGUACAGAACAGACUCUGAAUCAGAAGCAAAUCAAUUUUUUCUACGAGUUGAAGAUCCUGUUCAAAAACCAAAAACUGCAAAACGAAAAUGGUCGCUGAAGAACACUCAAAAUAAAGCAUAUUUCACGCCUACUACAUACCGUCCGAGUAUUUUGAGGCGAAUUCGAGAUACCUGGUAUCUGUAUGUGGUCAUUAUUACAUGGGGAGUGUUGUUCCUGACUACGUUGAUCCCGUUUUAUUUUCUACUUGUUGGAGCAGAAUAUUGCAACAUCGAUUGGAAGGCUUUUGCGAAUCCACACAGUUCAAAUUCUUCUGUGUCGACCACUGCAGACUCUUUUUCAGAUGCUGUACAGUCUUCACUUUCAUUUGAUUUCAAUAAUCACUGUAUACUGGGCGGAAUUUCUGAAUGUUUACUUCUAAGUCAUGGGUUCAUCUGCGUGAUCACAUACACAUUUGCGGAUGAUGUGUUCAGGCCGAAGUUUUUGGAGCCGAUAGCGUUUUUAGUGUUACCGUGUGUAAGCGCUAUCAGACGAAAUCGUAGGAGAGGAAGCGUGUAUGGUCAAGACAGACGUCGAACACUUUCAAGAAAUUCUAAUAUUGCAAAUUUUGGCGUAUGAUAGUAGAUCUGGAUUAUCGAUAAACUUGACUGCAAGAAAAUGAAUUAAUUUUAAUCGUGUUUUUGCGUAGAAUUUUAUUUGAUCAGUUUUGCUGCAAAUGAUCUAAUUUCUCACGUGGAAUCUUGAAGGAGUAAUACCACAACGGCAGCAUUUUAAAAUAUAUUGAUCUAAUUAAUUAUAAUUAACGUGGGCCUAGCUUCCAAAUGAAAUGGAUAUUAAUUUAUGAUGUACAUCCUAUAUAUUUAAUGAAGUAUAUUUAAAUUUACAAUUGAUCUUUAUGUCGCUGUUGGUUCAAAAAUAGUAAAAGCACGAGACAUAACAUUUUGGUGUUAGCUUAGCUAUCCUAAAUUGAUUAGCUUCAGAGUAGCUUCUAUACAAACAACAAAUUUUGCCAAACAACAUUUUUGCUCCCAAUACAGAUUUUUAGGUUUUGCCGCAAAAGCUUAACACUUCAGGCAUUUCGGUGUGUCAAGCGCAAGCACAUGAAAAAAUUACAUACGCGUGUAUUAUUCUUAUCUACGUUGGCGAACGAGUACAAAAUAUUAAUAUCUUGCUUUUGAUUGCUAAGUUUUUUUUUCGAUUGAUCAAA